GCCGUGCCCCCACCUCGGUCAGUUCUCAACGGCUUGCGUUUGUCGUUCCUGCAGGGUUGCCAGGUCAGCAGCAGUCUCGGCGGGUAACCAUGUAGUGCUUAAAUCAGAGGCAGCCUCCAUGCUGAACGUUACAGUCAUAAAUAGUUACCAGUAUCCGCUAAUGCCUGAUAGCGUUGUGGUCCCCAGUCCCCUAUGAAUUCAUCACUGCCGCAUUCUGCUUCGCCCCAGAAACUUAGCCCAAGCCUUGAGGACAGCACCAUUCAGAAACAGAGGCAAGAACUCCAGCUUUUAAUUGUUGAACUGAAAGAUCGUGAUAAGGAACUCAAUGACAUGGUUGCAGUGCACCAGAGACAGCUUCUGGCCUGGGAAGAUGAUCGGCAAAAAAUACUGACUUUAGCAGAACGGUGCAACUUACUAAAACAUGAGCUGAACAAGAGAAAUGAAAUUAUAAAGUCACUGACCAAAAAGUUAAAGCUCUUAGAAUCUCAGCAGAAUGACAGUAAGACAAUUGAAAAUACACAACAGACGUUUAAAGAGCUGUCUCAAAAAGUAACAGAUGCAACUGUUCACUGUCAGGCUCUGGAGGAGAAAAAUCAAAGUCUCCACUGCUUAGUUUUUGAACUGUCUGCUAAAACAGGCCAGCUGCAAGCAAGAGAACAGGAGCUGCUUACUAUGCUUAAGCUGAAGGACGAGGCUAUACUUGAAACAACUGAUCACAUUACUGAGUUUACAUCUAAAUUCAAGAAGCUGGAAAGCGCAUGGCGUGCAGCAAAGACGGAGGAAUUCAGUCUCAACAAAGAAAAGCAAGACCUCAAACUGAGACUGAAAGAACUAAUACUUGAAACAAAUAAGCUGAAAGAUGACCUCUGUGAAAAGGUGAAAGAAAAUAAUAAGCAGCAGGAAGAAAUCAUUCACCUCAAACAAGAAAAUGGCUGCUUGAGGAAUGAGCUCGCACUUAUUGUUGAGAAAGCAAAGAGAAAGGAUCAACUUCUUCAGUUUGCCAAGUCUAAACAAGCGCGGACUGACACAGAACUAUCAAGCUUGCGACAGAUCUACGUAAAACAGCAGCGUGACUUGCAAUUUCUUCAUGUCAAUUUGGAGAGCUCUCAGGAAUUAAGGCAAAAGCAUGACAAGGCGGCACAUGAAAGGAGCAUAGGUAUGGCAUUCUCUGCCCCUGAAAGUAACAGUGAGACAGACAUGGUUAGGACUGAGGGCAUCCACGGGAUAUGCGAGGAGCGUGGAACUGCACAAGUUCCAAAAAGUAGGGUAAAAACCACCUCUGAGAUGUGCGAAGUAGAUAAUAAACUGUUACUGAAUGCAUCAGACUUGGAGGAAACUACCUCAGCGUACUUAAACCGGUGUCAAAAAGUUGUGAAAGUCUUGGCUGUCCUUACGGAAGAAGAAGAAAAGCAGGAUCUUGCAUCAAGCUCUGAUGAGCUAGGCAGCGAAGUAUUUUGUGAGGCAAAGAACACAAGGCCAUUGAGAAACAGGGAAGUUUCUGACAACGGAGUGGAAAGCAGAGACCAACAAACCUUUGAGUCAUCUUUACCUGAAUACGAGCAUUGGCUUAACGUCAGUUCUUGUGUAGAUUUGCAAAGUACUUCGAUCCAGAACACCGUCACAUCUGACAAAACUGAUAAUGAAAAUAAAACCUGGGAAGAGAGAACUGGAAUACUGUUUGGCCAAAAAAGCAGAGAGGCUCCUGCUGCAAUUCACAACUCUGAAUCGGAUUCCUGUAGUAAUAACUUCAUCAUAAAAAAAGAUGCACGAUGGAAGCCAAUAUCAGAUCCGGAAUGGCUGAAGAUUUUCAAACCCAUAAAAGGAGAUGGAAAUAUAUGGCAUGGAAAAGAUUGCAGUUGUCUCAAGACUGCACAAGAGAUGAAAUGUGCCAGCUCAAAAAGUGAAGAAAAUAUGGAUCUGAAUUCUUUUCACUUGGAUUCUCCUUGUUUGACAUCCACCCAGAAAGGAGACAGGCCUCAAAGAUGUGAGAAAUUCUCUGAUGAAGACUUCCCUCUGGAGAUCAAUAACCUUUCAGUGACUAAGCCAACAAAUAGAUGCUGCAACGCUACCAUGGACCAAAACACCAGUUCCCCCAUAAGUAAGCUGCAGCAUGCGUUGGCCGAGUCUCGACAGAUGGUUGCUGAUCUGGAGCUUAACACUCUCCUCCACGCGAGCCCUCGCUGCAGUCCAAACAGCAGCAACGUUAAUACAACAGCAGAACUUGCAGAAGCUCUUCACAGAACCCAGUUAUCUGCUGCGGAAGAAAGAGAUGCUAAGCUGCCAUUCUUUUCUCUAUGAUGUUCCUGGAUGAAGAAGUUUCCAGUAUAGAAUGAAUUUUGAGAACUGAAGAUCAUCAACCCGUCAGCUACAAUGGAAAGUUACCUAUUUUUUUUCCAUGGCUCUCUGAGCGUUUGAAAGACUCGCAAGUGGCAGAAAGAUGUGACUAUGCGGGCAUAUAUUUUAUCUUGAAAUAAAACAUAGAAUUAUGCCAAGAUUAACAAAACUAUUUUUAUAACUGAGAACUCAGGUUAAAUACUAGCUUGUUUUUUAAGAAUCCUGAGUGUGUAAUUGUUAUGACAUAGGAACUAUUUUUCUUACCUUUUUUUUUUAUGGUGGCUCAGAAAUAUUUAUAGAGUAUGACACAGCCAAGCAUUCAUUUUUUUUUGUUAGUUAUUGUUUUUGUUCUGGACUUCUUGCCAUGUAGAGAGAGAUGAAUAAUGUUUAUAGGAAGUUCCCAGUUAGUGGUGUAACCAGGAACUGCCUCCUACAUUGUUGAAAUGGAAGAGCUGUCGCCCACAAGAUGGGCAAAACAACGCUUCCCCGGUCGGGAGCUAUUUAUUCUUAUAAAAAGCUUAUAACAAGA